CGCCGCCGCCGCCGCCGCCGCGCGACCCGAGAGUCUCCCCCCCCCCCCCCUCCCCCCCCACAGGGUCCCCAUGGCGACGGCGGGCGGCCCCCCCGCGGCGGCGGCGGCCGAGACGAAGGUGAUCUACCACCUGGACGAGGAGGAGACGCCCUACCUGGUCAAGAUCGCCGUGCCGGCCGAGCGCCUCACCCUCGGCCACGUCAAGGCCGCCCUGGCCCGGCCCGGCGCCAAGUAUUUCUUCAAGAGCAUGGACCAGGACUUCGGGGUGGUGAAGGAGGAGAUCACGGACGACAGCGCCCCCCUGCCCUGCUUCAACGGAAGAGUCGUCUCCUGGCUGGUGUCUUCCGAGGUCCCCCCACCUGAGCCGCCGCCGCCCCCUCCUCCCGCUCCCGUAGAGGUCCACCCGGAGCCCUCCCCCCCUCCUCCUCCCCUCCCUCCGUUGCCCGUGGAGAGGACCAGCGGCAUUGGCGACUCUCGCCCUCCUUCCUUCCACCCAAACCUCUCAGGCAGCUGCGAGAACCUGGACCACGAAACCGAGACGGAGUCCGUCGUGUCGCUGCGGAGAGACCGGCCACGUCGCAGGGAGAGCACGGAGCACGGAGGCGGGCACCGGAUAAACGGACAAUCCCGGCUGGAGCGCCACUUGGCCGGCUACGAGAGCUCCUCCACGCUGCUGACGAGCGAGCUGGACACUACCAGCCUCUGCGACUCGGACGACGACGACGCGAUGAGCCGGUUUAGCAGUUCCACGGAGCAGAGCAGCGCCUCCCGCCUUCUCAAGCGGCACCGUCGGAGGAGGAAGCAGCGCCCGCCGCGCCUCGAACGGACGUCGUCCUUCAGCAGCGUCACCGACUCCACCAUGUCGCUCAAUAUCAUCACCGUCACCCUAAACAUGGAAAAAUACAACUUCCUGGGCAUCUCCAUCGUGGGGCAAAGCAACGAGCGGGGAGACGGGGGGAUCUACAUCGGCUCCAUCAUGAAAGGCGGGGCCGUGGCCGCCGACGGCCGGAUUGAGCCCGGAGACAUGUUGCUUCAGGUGAACGACAUCAACUUCGAGAACAUGAGCAACGACGACGCCGUGCGAGUUCUGCGGGAGAUCGUCCACAAGCCGGGCCCCAUUGUGCUGACGGUGGCCAAGUGCUGGGACCCUUCCCCACAAGGGUAUUUCACUCUGCCCAGAAACGAGCCCAUCCAACCCAUCGAUCCGGCAGCUUGGGUGUCCCACUCGGCCGCUCUGACGGGGGCCUUCGUCCCCUACCCGGGCAGCAGCUCCAUGAGCACCAUCACCUCGGGGACGUCCGUCACUGAGACCGAACGCUUUGACGACUUCAACCUCUCGAUCCACACGGACAUGGCUUCGGUCACCAAGGCCAUGGCGUCCCCCGAGUCCGGCCUGGAAGUCCGCGACCGCAUGUGGCUGAAGAUCACCAUCCCGGAUGCUUUUCUAGGUUCGGAUGUGGUGGAUUGGCUCUAUCACCACGUGGAAGGCUUCCAGGACCGUCGCGAAGCCCGCAAGUACGCCAGCAACCUCCUGAAGGCCGGCUUCAUCCGCCACACCGUGAACAAGAUCACCUUCUCCGAGCAGUGCUACUACAUCUUCGGCGACUUCAGCAGCUGCGAGAACUAUAUGGCCAAUCUCUCGCUGAACGACAACGACGGAUCCAGCGGGGCCUCUGACCAGGACACCCUGGCACCUCUGCCUCUGCCAGGGGCCACUCCUUGGCCGCUAAUGCCAACUUUUCCCUACCAGUAUACGGCCCCCCACCCGUACAGCCCCCAGCCUCCGCCCUACCACGAGCUCUCCUCGUACAGCUACGGGGUGGGAAGUGCUGGCAGCCAGCAGAGUGAAGGCAGCCGCAGCAGCGGCUCGAACCGCAGCGACGGGGGAGGCCGGGGGGCCGGGCGACCCAAAGAGGAGAAGCCGGGGGCGGAUUCGAAAUCCGGCAGCGGCAGCGAGUCGGAAUAUUCCAUCCGCAGCGGCAGCCAGCGCGGGGGGCCGGCGUUGGUGCCAGGCGGAGAGAGCUCUUCGCAGCGCAGCCAGCACAGCCUGGGGGGCGUCAGCGUGCGCUCCCACCCAUCCCUCCACGGCGCCUACGCGGCCCCCGGGGGGGUGCCCUUGGCCUACAAACCGAUGAUGGUGAUGAUGGUGCCGCCUCCUCCUCCGCCUCUUCCUCCUCCCGCCAUACAGCCUCCGGGCGCCCCUCCGGUGCGUGACCUGGGCUCGGUGCCCCCCGAGCUGACCGCCAGCCGCCAGUCCUUCCACAUGGCCAUGGGGAACCCAAGCGAGUUCUUUGUAGACGUGAUGUGAUGGGGGGGAACACGACGCGGCCUCCGCUUUCCCCCCCACACCCCCGUACCAGCCAUUCCCACCCAAAACCAGCCAUCUUGAGGGGGGGUCCCUCGCCCCAAAGGAUGGGGCCAAACCCUCUCCAUCCCGGAUUCACC